UUUGGGAGACCUAUUAUUCCAAUCCACUUCACAUAUUGACAAAAGAGGCUCCCAGGCUUAAUAAGAGAUGGGAUGCCAACAAACCACUUCUACAGUUCUAGAGAGAGAAAGAAACAACAUAUUUGUCUUUGCGAGAGAAAUAUUGGGAGAGAGAGAUCAUGGCACUGUAUUUCAAGAAAUUCCAUAUUCCUCAAUUCUCCAAAGGACAACAUGACAUAUAGUGCCACAAACAACCUCUUCUUUUGUCGCCAACGUAGCCAUGGAGAAGUCCUUCAAGACAACAACUUUAAUCCCAACUUCUGCAACAAAACAAUAGACCACAUUCCCUGUACACCUCCUCCUAACCCACUUUGAAGAGAUCAGGAGAUUUGAGGUCCUCAAGCCUGCAGCUUUUCUUGGGGUUUUUGGUGGGUUUUCUGUCUACUUUAAAACCCAGUUAGGAAUUUUAUUUUGCUGCUUUGUAUGAUUGUUGAUUCACGGGAGAAACAGGUGUUUUUACUCUGGUCUGCCAUAGAUCUCGUGGUAGUAGAGCCAAAAAAUUCUUAUAUUCCUAAUCUCGGCACGCCCAAGUUCAAUUUAUAUGUUGGCAGCUAUGGUUCAAGAGGAGGGAGAAUCAUCUGUAGCUUCGUUGCCACUUCAGUUUCUUUCCUAUUUGACUCUCUCCCCUGGAUUAGGAUCGCCUUACCCUUGGCUGAAGGAGCUUAAAUCUGAAGAAAGGGGUUUGUGUCUGAUCCAUCUUCUUGUCGCAUGCGCUAACCAUGUGGCUGCUGGUAGCAUUGAAAACGCAAAUAUUGGCCUUGAGCAUAUCUCUCAUCUUGCUUGUCCUAAUGGUGACACAGUGCAGCGGAUAGCUGCUUACUUCACCGAGGCUCUUGCAGACCGUAUGCUUAAAGGUUGGCCAGGUCUGCACAGAGCCUUGAAUUCCACAAAAAUAUCAUCUGUCUCUGAAGAAAUUCUUGCUCAAAGAUUAUUCUUUAAGCUUUGUCCCUUCUUAAAGAUUUCUUACGUGAUAACAAAUCAGGCCAUCAUAGAAGCUAUGGAAGGAGAGAAAAUGGUUCAUAUUAUUGAUCUCUAUUCAUUUGAGCCUGCCCAGUGGCUUAAUCUGCUUCAGAUGUUAAGCGCACGGCCUGAAGGCCCACCUCAUUUGAGAAUCACAGGUAUUCAUGAGCAGAAAGAGGUGUUAGAUAAUAUGGCUCUUUGCUUGACAAAAGAAGCUGAAAAAUUAGACAUCCCGUUCCAAUUCAAUCCUAUAGUUGGCAAACUAGAGAAUAUUGAUCUUGAAAGCUUGCGUAAGACUGGAGAAGCUCUUGCCGUCAGUUCUGUACUUCGGCUGCACUCUCUCUUGGCAAAUGAAGAUGAGGUACUUAGGAAAACUUCACCAUUGGCAUCAAAGAGUUCAAACCCCAAUCAGUUGCAGAGAGCCUUGCAGAUGGGCCAUCGGACCUUGGGAGAGUGGCUUGAGAAAGAUAUGGUUCAUGUGUAUAGCCCGAGUCCAGAUUCAGCACUGUCUCUAGCUACUUCCCCAAAAACGGGGAGCUUUUUAAGUGCGCUUUGGAGCCUUUCACCAAAACUGAUGGUAGUAACUGAGCAGGAGUCAAACCAUAAUGGGUCUACUUUAAUGGAGAGGGUCAUGGAAGCAUUGAACUUUUAUGCCGCACUGUUUGAUUGCUUGGAGUGUACUGAAUCAAGAACAUCAUUAGAGCGUCAAAAGGUUGAGAAGAUGCUUUUUGGACAAGAAAUUAAGAAUAUCAUCGCAUGUGAAGGCGCCGAGAGGAAGGAGAGGCAUGAGAAGCUUGAGAAAUGGAUUCAAAGGCUAGAAUUGGCAGGCUUUGGAAGGGUGCCUUUCAGCUACUAUGGUAUUAUGGAGGCAAGAAGGAUGUUGCAGGGCCAUCGCUAUGAUGGAUAUGAUGUCAAGGAAGAGAAUGGUUGUUUAGCGAUGUGCUGGCAAGAUAGACCACUCUUUUCAAUUUCUGCCUGGAGAUUUAGGAGGUAUGAUCAAGACUAUUAACCAUAUCAGGAUUGUUUUUAUUUGCUUACCUUAAUUGUUUUUCCCCCAUCCCCCCUCCCUCCUCUCCCCCUCUCCAAUCUCAGUGUGUAUAAAGAAACAUGAGUUUAACUUUGUGAGUGCAUAGUGUUUGUGCAAAAAGGUUUGGAGUU